AGAGAAAAACGUGUCAUUUUAUAAAUGGGGAAUCAACUUUAAAAAGGUGCAGCUCUUGAACUGUUGUCUCUGCAACGACCGACUUUGACUCCGACGACUCUAUUGAUUCCCAAAUUGUGUUCAGAUCAAUAUAAAACUCUUCAAUUCAUCACUAAACCUUUUCCUCUUCUUGCUUUGAUCCCUGGCGAUUUCACUUCUCCAGUAACUGUAAUCGAAGUCGGCGCCAGAGUUAGCGACUACCAGUUAAGCUUGACUUUUACAGCUUCUAUGGUCUUUUUCUCAACAGGGAAGGUGCGUUUGUGUUCGGGAUUGUAAUUUUUAAUUUUCUUAUUACUAUGAAAUUAAAAGUUUUCAUUGAUUUGGUUACUGUGAAAAUCGGUUAAAUUGUUGAUAUGUAUGGAUGGAAAUGUUGCUCAAUCAUCGAAUUUGAGUUUCAUUGUUAGUUUAGAUCAAUACCCAGAUAGCAUAAACGAUAUUAGAGCUAGUGAGAUUAUUAUGGACUAUAGUUUUGACCCGAGCAUGAGCUCGGAGAGGGGUUCUCUUGUUAAUGACGGUGAGUUUUCUUGUACUGCUCUUGAUUACAUAAACCAAAUGCUUAUGGAUGAGGAUAUGGAGGCAAAGCCCUCUUUGUUCUACGACCCUUCAGCUCUUAUAGCCACUGAGAAAUCCUUUUAUGAGGCUCUGGGCGAAAAGUAUCCGCCAUCCGAGUAUGAACACGAACAACCUCAAUAUAGAGACCAAAAUUUUCAAAGCUCAGAUGAUAGUUUGACAACAAGUGUCAGUGACUGCUCAGAAGAUAUCAGUUCUAGUUCUUGUUCCAGCACUGGCAACUCGACUCAUUCUGUUGGAACUUCUGUUGAUUCAGUGGCACACCGACCUUCAGCUAAGUUUGUAAGCCAGUCUACUUCAGAUUCGAGCUCACAAUCUUCUGCAAACUCCACUUACAAAAUAGGUACUUCCCUGGGUGAGCUUCAGAAUUUUUUGAGUGAGAAUGAGUUGAUGUUGCAGUUCAAGAGAGGUUUAGAGGAGGGCAAUAAGUUUCUUCCCAAAGGCAAUCAACUUGGUUUUCCAAUGGAAAACAAUAAGAACAUGUCUCCAUAUACAAAUGAGAAGGUCUCAAAUGAGUUAGUUGAGGCAAAAAAGGACAAGAAGAGAGAGCAAUUGCAUAUCAGAUUGACAGAGAAGAAGAAGAACCAUGAUCGUGAGGAUACAGAUUUGGUAGAUGGUAGAAGCAACAAGCAAAUGGCAGUUUCUACAGAUGACACAGGGCUAUCAGAGUUGUUUGACAAGGUGUUACUUUUUCGUGAGGAGCAAGAAGCUCCUUCUGGUACAUCUGAUGAAUCCUACCAAAAUAAUGAAGUAGACAGCUCCUCUAGGCAGCAAGAGGGAGGAUCUCAUGGAACUACUAAUAGUGGUAAAACUGCUUCUAAGACUAAGAUACUAAACAAUGACAAGGAAGUGGUAGACUUGUUGGCUUUGUUGAUUUCGUGUGCACAAGCUGUUUCUGCUAAUGAUAUUAGGAAUGCUAAUGAACUAUUAAAGAAGAUUAGGAAGCAUUCGUCUCCAUUUGGUGAUGGAACCCAGAGAUUGGGCCAUUUAUUCGCAGAUGCCCUUGAAGCACGAUUGGAUGGCACUGGAAAAGAGAUUUGUGACACUUUGGGUGCUACAAAAUUACCGGCUGAUAUUCUCCUGAAAACUUAUCAUACCUACAUUUCUGCCAACCCGUACAAGAAGAUUUCAAUUAUCUUUGCAAACCAAAUGAUUUUCAAAGCAGCUGAGAAAGCUACAAAACUGCAUAUUAUAGAUUUUGGUAUCCUAUAUGGUUACCAGUGGCCUGUUUUCAUACAAAGUCUCUCUAGAAGGCCUGGUGGGCCACCUAAGCUUCGAAUUACAGGGAUAGAGUUCCCACAACAUGGUUUUCGGCCAGAAAAAAUGGUCGAAGAAACAGGAAGUGUCUUAGCUAAGUAUUGUGAGCGUUUUGGUGUUCCAUUUGAGUACAACGGCAUAGCAAAACAAUGGGAAAAUGUCCAAAUUGAGGACCUUAAAAUUGAUAGAAAUGAAGUCCUUGCAGUGAAUUGUCUACACAGAUUUAGGAGCAUUUUAGAUGAGACAGCUGCGGUAAGGAGUCCAAGGGAUGCUGUUCUAAACUUGAUCAGGAAGAUCAAGCCUAACAUUUUUGCUCAUGCUGUUUUUAAUGGAGCAUACAAUGUCCCCUUCUUUGUUACGCGCUUCCGGGAAACACUAUUUUUCUUCAGCUCAUUACUUGAUGGGGCUGAUACUAUUUUAGCCAGAGAGGAUCAAUUGAGACUGUCAUUCGAGAAGUAUAUUCUUGGGCGGGAGAUUAUGAAUGUCAUAGCAUGUGAGGGUUCGGAAAGAGUAGAGAGACCUGAAACAUACAAGCAGUGGCAGCUCCGGAUUACAAGAGCAGGGUUUAGGCUGCUCCCGUUGGACAUGGAGCUUGUGAAGAGAAUGAAGUCUAUUGUUAAACAUGGGUACCACAGGGAUUUUGUAGUUGAAGAAGAUAGCAACUGGAUGCUUCAGGGUUGGAAGGGUAGGAUUCUUUGUGCUUCCUCAUGUUGGGUGCCUGCGUAAGACAUAGAAAACGCCCCUUUUGCAUGAAGUUACUUUUACCUCCCAUGACCAGUAAUCUAUUGCUACGGUGUUCGUAUAUAAUUUUAGAUUGUCAGCCCUGUUUCUUUGCUUUGUAGAUUGGUUUUAGGUGGUAAUUAUCCGAAGAAGGAUUCCUAGUUUGUGUGUUUGUACUAUAUCUAUGGUCAUUAUUUUUUAUCAAUGAACAGAUAUGUGAUUAGAGUUUUUUGGAAUCGAGUCUUCUUCUUCCUUUGCUAAUAAUGGUUUUCACCAAAAUAUUUUAUGUGUGAUCUAUUAUAACGAUGAGAUGAUGUAGUAAUAAUAGAGUUAAAGUAAUGGCCUAUAUGUUUCUCUUUUA